UUCCUUUUGAAGGAUCCGCUUACUUUGCGGCUUGUCGUGAAGAAGCUGCUACGCACUACGAAUGGAAACCCUGCGACUUUGGCCGUGCCCGACAAAACAAAAUGAUUCGCUCGUGAACCCACACCCUCCUACAGAUCCAAUAUCCGAAUGAAGGUUGUUUCAAAUGGUAGCGCACACGAGGACUGAUGUUGAACGAUCGAUGGAAUGCAAGACGCCCGAAGUGAGGCGAAGAGUGUCAUGUGCAAUUGGAAGAGGGACAUUUCCGUUUGAUAUGGCUUAAACGAACGUCGCAGUGUACGGUUGAUUAGAACGGGGCAAUGUAAGUUGCUGGUCGAUCGCCUAUGCUUCCAGUGAUCGCAUUUCCCGCUGGAAGGAAGCAGGGUCUUAUAUAGUGCCGAAGGAAAGUGCUGUGUGUUUUGUGAUCCAAAAUGUCACUGUCAUCGAGCUCUUCCGUCUCUCGCCUGCAAGCGUCUCAGAGUAGUGCUUACUCGCUUGAUUCUGAAAACAAUCGGAGAAGUCUCGGGUGUUCUGUGAGCGUACGGGACGAUGUCGACUUUGACGAUGACGAUAGGUGGGGAAAGAAGAGAAAGAAAAAGAAACGAGGGAUGGUUUUAGCAGGCGUGUUGGACAGCCCAGCAAUGAGGAGGAUGCGGAAGUUGAGAUUGCACAUUGUUGCUUUGGGUAUUUUGCUGGUGAUCGUGGUUUUCGAGGUGCGCCAUCUUUCUCAAGAUCGUCCAACUUCUACAAUACGUGACACUGAUGCGAAAGGGAAAGAAGAAGCAGAUUCGUUGAACGAGGCAAGCUCAACUGUAAUCCGAGACGUCGAGAGGCCAAAGAAUCUGGAUAACAUGGACAUGCCUAUGAGGAAAGUUGGUGGCAAAGAGGAAGCAUGUCUAAAACUCCUCCCACCAGAAGAUCUUGAUAAGAUCGAAUUACCUGAGGCAAGCUUCAGUGGAGUCAGGAUCCUAAGUUAUGUCCAUAAUAAUAUUGAUUCUAAAGAAAGUAAGGUACAAGAUAGCUCCAUGGCCAGUGCAUUUGGAGGAUAUCAAACGAUGGAUGAGAGAGCUAAGACCUUUGAGUUGAGAGAUACGAUGGUGGUGCACUGUGGAUUCUGUGAAGAAGGCAGUGGGUUCGACAUUGACUCAACCGACAAGUCGUUCAUGGAGAGCUGUAUCAUUGUUGUUGUGACCUGCACUUUCGGUGGCGGAGACGAUCUCUAUCAACCUAUUGGCAUGACGCGUUUAUCAAUCUCACGGGUUUGCUACGUUGCGUUCUGGGAUGAGGUAACUUUGGAGGCUCAGGCGAAAGAAGGAAAGGCACCAGAUCCUAUGAGUCGGAAAGUUGGCCUUUGGCGUAUUGUGAUCGUGCGAAAUCUGCCUUUUUCCGAUCAGCGACGAAAUGGAAAGAUACCCAAGCUGCUGAAUCACCGCCUCUUUCCACGAGCGAGGUACUCGAUAUGGGUGGAUUCCAAGUCUCAGUUUCGGAGGGACCCUAUUGGUGUACUAGAAGCUCUUCUAUGGAAACCGAAGGUACCUUUUGCAAUUUCAGAACAUGGGGGUCGCAGUUGUGUUUAUAAAGAAGGUGACGCUAUUGUACAGAAGCACAAAGCUCUUCCUGGAGAGGUUUCCAUCCAGCUCAAUAUGUACCGGUCUGAGGGUAUUCCAGAGCGAGCCUUAUUUCACGGUCACAAAGCAUUAGCAGAGGCAUCUGUCAUUGUCAGGGAGCAUACACCUCUUACGAAUUUGUUCAUGUGCCUCUGGUUCAAUGAAGUGAUGAGAUUCACGGCCCGUGAUCAGUUGAGCUUUCCAUAUGUGUUACUGCGAGUGCACGCUAUGCAAGUGAAUAUGUUUCCAGUUUGUACGAGGCGAGCCCUUGUGAACAGUAUCGGCCAUAAGUCGAAGGCUAAGCCUUUGAAUAUCAAGUGAUCGUAGUUUAGGUGAUGGGGAGCAAAAGAUAAAUAUUUACAGCUAGUAGAGUCAAAAUGCUGGAAAUGGACAGCAACUUGAAGUGUUUUCAUGGAGGUUUUAGUCUUUCAGUUUAUUUUUGUUUGUACGUUGGAAUUUAUCACAUGGCAUUUCGUGCAAGGUCAUUAACUGCAGUGAAGCAUAUUUGUGAUCAUCUGCGCCAUUGCAAUUUUCUCCGCAGCAGCUAGAAAUACACUUUUUUUCUUCAUAUGUUAUGGAAUGAAUCAUA